AUGGCCACCGUUGCUGCUACAAUCACUACAGUGGAGACCAGGGCAAAUUCAAGGAAACGAGCUCUUGAGAACGAGGCUGUACAGAGCCCCAAGUGGCGCAUUCGACUUGGUGAGCGAGCCAAAGGAAUCCGCAACCCCAUCAGGGAGAUUAUGGAUACAAUUGCAGGGAAAGAAAAUCCAAGCAAAUCUUUGGUGUCCUUGGCACAAGGAGAUCCCACCUGCUACCCGCACUUGCGACCCAGUGCAGAGAUGGUGCUGGCUGUCUCCCAUGCAGUGAACUCGGGACAAAACAAUGGAUACCAGCCAAGCCAGGGGAGUGCCAGAUGCCGUGCAGCCGUUGCUGCCUUCUUCGACACACCUGGUCGACCCACACUGCAGGCCAAGGAUGUUUUCAUGACGCUGGGGUGUUCUGAAGCUCUUUCCCAUUGCAUUGCAGCCUUAGCUGCUCCAGGCAGCAAUUUGCUCCUGCCGCGCCCGGGCUUCCCAUUGUACCAAGUACUUUGUGACUACCACGGAGUCGAGGUACGCUACUACGACUUGUUGCCAGAGAAGGGUUGGCAAUGUGACAUUGGGGGCAUUGCUAAGCUGGUUGAUAAGAAUACCUGCGGUUUGCUGAUCAACAAUCCUUCAAACCCUUGUGGCACUGUGUUCCCUCGUGAGCACCUUGAGGAGGUCUUGAAAGCAGCAUUACAAUUGCGCCUCCCAGUGAUUGCAGAUGAAGUCUAUGCUGGGAUGAGCUUUUCCAGGCCUUUUGUAUCAUGUGCAGCAGCUUCUGCACAGGUGCCCAUUCUAUCUGUUUGUGCUCUGUCGAAGCGCUGGCUGGCUCCUGGUUGGCGUCUCGGAUGGAUCAGUGUCCACGAUGCAGAUGGAGCUUUUGCAGAUGCAGGUGUACCAGAGACUUUGUUGAAGCUUUGCCAAGUUUCCUUGGGACCGACCGCACCACUUCAGGCGGCUAUGCCCGAGAUCUUGACCACAGUGCCAGAUGGUUGUGCUUGGCACAGGGACGUCCUGGCGGCACUGGAGGCCAGCGCACAAUGCUGUGUGCGACGCUGCAAAAGGAUCCCUGGCUUGGAGGUUGCCGCAGAGCCAGAGGGAUCUAUGUACUUGAUGGUGCGCCUACAGCCCGGUGUACUGAACAUCGAUGAUGAUGUCAAAUUCGCUGGGAAACUCUUGGAGGAGGAGUCUGUGGCCGUUCUUCCUGGACAGUGCUUUUGUGCACCAAGCUUCUUCCGCGUGGUUUUUGCAGCACCAGUGGAGGUGUUGGAGGAAGCCUGGGAUCGCAUCGAGUUUGAAUUUGAUGCACGUGAGUUCUGCGUGGCGGGCCGCUUUCAAAACCCGAGCCAGUUGGGCCGGCAUGGUGUCACAGGUGGCAGAAAUGGCUAUGGUGCAAAGCUCACGAACAUUUUCUCCACCAAAUUUGCGACUGGCCUGAAACUGGAACUGGAAGAGGAGAAGGGCAAGGCUAAGAUCACCAAGUAUUCUGGCAAGGACUUCACGAAGGUGACAUUCUAUCCAGACCUGAAGCGCUUUGGCAUGACAAAGCUUGACAAGGACCAUGAUUUGAAAGCUUCACAUGCCAAAGCCUGA